GGUCAUCACUUCGUAGUUGUUAUGGCUAUGUCUGUUGUGUUUUUCAAAACGUGAACAGCGAAUUUUGUUUAGAGCUCGAACAGAAAUGAGUUUUUCUGAGAAUCCGAAUUCGCAAAGUGAACAAAAUCAUGAGGAAUUUAAAACGCUACCUGACGAAACUCUCGGAACGGUUGAACAACAUGGUAUUUUGAAUGAUAACUCACGUAGAAAUGAAGUGGAUGUUGAAACUGAACAAAAUGAUUUAAUUGUUCUUGAUCCAGAUCACCCGUUGAUGAGGCGUUUUCAAGAGUCUCUGAGAAGCAUGCUCACCAAACAUAUUGACAAUACGGAGAUUCACCUGAGGGAGAAAGACGAAGAAAUGAAAAGAGAAAAGACAGCUCACAUUGAAGUUGGUUGCGUUCUGUAUAACCUUCAACAGGAACUUGCAAAGUUUCAGUUAAACUUAGAUAACAAACAUAAUGAAUAUGCGGAAUAUCAUGGAAAGUAUGAAAAUGCUCAGAAUAAGCUCACAACUCUCCGAGAAAAGUACCAAACGUCUGUUAAAACAAUGUUGCAAGAGACUAAAAAAAUGCAUUCUAUGCGUGAUGAAGUUGAUGCAUUAUGUUUGCGAUUAUACUACUUAAAUAAAGCUAAGCAAGACGUUAGUGGAGAUUUGCUGGUAUUGCAAAGGGCAGUUGAAAAAGUUCACACUGAUUUAAGCAAGUUUGAAGAUGAGAAACUCCGACAAGACCUUUCGGUUGAUCGUAUGCAAACUAAAGUUGACCAACUAAAAGAUGAUAUUACCUUAUAUGAAGCUCAAAUAGUAGCUCAAGAAAUUGAAAUGAAUACAAGUCAAAAUCUUUUGUACGAGGCUGAGGCACAAAUAGUUGCUAUAAAUGUUGACAAAGCGCAUUUACUUACUCAGUGGAAAACCAGUUUGCUUGGCUUACAACGUAGAAAUGAAGCAUAUGCAGAUUUAUUAGCAGCUUACAAUAAGCUGAAAGAAGAAUUACUUGUUUUAGAAAAUGAACAAAAUGCAUAUAAGCUUUCAAUUAACAAAGAACAAGAAACACAUGAACGGUUGACAGGACUACAAAAUAAAAAUGAAUCAGACUUGAAUACUUUGUGUAAACAGUUGUUACAUUCAGAAACAAAACUUGAGGCUGAUAAACAAGCUUACACAACAUAUUCAAGAAUCUUACUGGAAACUGAACGUAAUCUUUUCAAUGCUAAAACAGAGAACAAUACUGCUCAAGCAAAUGUAAACAAUAUCCGCAAACAACUUGAGAAGAAGGUAUUAGAGAAACAAGAUUUAGAGAAAAAAAUCUCCGAAGAAUUAAGAGAUCGGUUGACCGCGCAAAAAGCUGCUAAUUAUGCUAACAAAAUCAAUAUAAACGUACAAGAUCAAAGUAGAGAAUUACUAACACAAAUUGUACAAAUGGAAAAUCAGAUUGCUAAAGACGAGUUAGGCGUAGCACAUAAAAAGGCCAGGAAUAAGCAACAACAAGAAAAAGUUAGUGAAUUAGAACGAGAAAUCGAUAACACAAAUCUAUUGAUCACUAAGCUGGAAGGUGAAAUACAUCAUGCUAAUAUUUCAGUCGAACGUAAACAAGGGAACAUUGAUAUAUUAAAUAAGAAAUUGGAACGAUUAAUUCGUGACUGCGGUGGUCAAGAAAUUGGGCCGUUGGAUGCACAAGUAAACAAUUUAAAUAAAGCUAUUGGACUAAAGCAGGAUGAGAUCGGUGAACUUGAACAACAAUGGUUAAGAGAACAGAAUGAAUUAGUUGUAAAUAUAAAUGAACGUGAUAAAUUAGCUGAGUCUGUGACUAGAAUAAAUAAACAAUUAUCAAUUUUAACACAGAAGAAAUUACGCAUUGAUAAUGAAAUCGCUAUUCAGGGACGUGAGAAAAAUGAUUUAAAAAAAGAACUAAAACAUUUACAGAACGAUAUCACUAGAAUAAACACAAUGAUAGCAAAAGAGAAGACAACCGAAGAAUGUUUGGAUAAUGAAAAUAAACUAACUGAAAUAGACUUUAUACGUUCAUUGAAAGAAAAAGAAACAGAAGCAGCUAAUUUGCAAGAAAAAGUGGAUAAAGCUUUAAAAGAUAAAGAAGACUUAUUAAGUGGAUUAGUCGAAGUUGAACGGACAAUUAUGCUGUGGGAAAAGAAAAUACAAUUAUGUGAAGAAACUAAAAAAUCCGUUGAUUGUGAUAUAGGUCAAGGUGAAAUGAAUGUUAUGCGUCAUGAAAUUCAUCGUAUGGAAAUUCGUAAAUCCUCAUUACUUCAACAACAAGAAAGAUUAAUUCAGGCACUUGAACGUUCUGUAUCAAAGCGUGAUACAAUUGUUAAUCAGUCGGAUGUUCUUCAGUCUAGAAAGGAUAAAUCGCAAAUUCGCAUUACAGCUCAACGUCAUAUUGAUGAACUUAAACGGAAGUUAAAAGCUAUCAAACAGAAUUCUGCGUCUUGUAUACAAGAGCUGGAAGAAUUUGAAGAAAAAACUAAUAUGUUGGAAAAUGAAUUACGUAUAAAGAAAUCUGAUGCUGAAGCUGAGCAAAAGAAAGCUGAUGAAUUGAUGAAAAAAUUGCAGUCACUGUCUGACCAGAAACAGAUUAAUCUUUUUGAGCUUCAAAUGCGUCAACAUGCUACAGUUUAUUGGGAACAAAUAAGACAAGAUAAAUAUCGUCGUCUUUGUCCUUCUGCUACUUCCGCUGAAAAUGAGAGAACCAGACAUGUUAAUCGUUCUCGAAGUUUGAUGGCAAUUAUAGAUCAGUUGGUAACGGAAUUUCCUCAAAUUCAACAGGAUUUAGAACCAGUACGUUAUUUGCUGGAAAAUAAACUGAGAUCCGAAAAUAACAGACUCGAAAUGGAUGUUACUACAGUUGAACCUACGGAAUCUCUGUUAAGUUAACACUACCGAAGAUAAAAUUUUCUAUACAUUUAAUAAUUUAAAAAAUUUAACUGUAAAAUACAUGAUAUUUUAGUCGACUGUUUAGUUAUGUUUACUGACUAAAGUGGCAAGUUGUUUAGCUCUGAGUAACUAUUUGCUUAUGAAUUCAACAGAUAGAACAAAUCACUGUCCAGAGAAAUUAAUGUAACUAUUGAGUUAAGUUACAUAAUUUCCUAGUAGUUAUACGAUAAAACCAAAUAAUACUUAAUGUUGUGGUGAUUUGAUUUGUGAGUGUUUACAAGUAAUAGAGAAUGGCUACAUGUAAGAUAUUUGGACAUGGAAGUUGCAGGACAACCAUAAAACUCUACUUAGAAAGUGAUAUAACAUAUUUUCACAGCUGUAGUUCAAACAGGAUAUAUUUUAAGCAAGUCACACGUCUGAUAGCAGUCACUUGUACUCCAAUAUUCUAAAAGAGCUUAAGUAAGACCUGUUUGAGAGUUGUGGACAUUUGUCAGGCUUCUGUGACUAAAGUGAGUACCAUAAACAAUCUCUUAUUAAGAGUAAUUGUGAAAGGUAAUUCCCAGGCUACGUUGGUGUUUGUUUUUAUACAGUUUGCAAAGUUAUUCAGUGCAAAGAUAUAAGAGACUAAGCAAUAUAUGGAAUUAAACAUAUAUUGUACGUUCUCAAAUCCCAAACACUCUGAAUCUAUGGUUUUCAGCUUACAGAAAAAUGACACCACGAAAUAUUUUUUCUCAGUGUUAAUAAAACAUAUUUUCCUGAUGAUAGUCGAGAUUCAGUUCUCUUCAGCAAACGAAGGGAAUGAAUAUGGCGUCUUCAAUGCGAUAUCAAAAGUCAAAGAUUUUCCAAGUCUAAAAUAUUCUUUUUCAUUUGCUACUCUUAUUGAUUUAACGAAGUAUUAUCGUAGUUGAACGUAAAAUGCUGAUAAUCCUUAAAAUAAGUUUGGCGAAUACACUUUUUUAUUAGCAAUCAUUGUGAGACUGUGUGUUAACUGAAGAUCAAAAUACUAUUAACGAAGUAAUAGAUUUAAUGAAUGGAUCAAAACUAACUACUAUAUAUCCUGGAAGAGUAGUAUAUUCUAUUUACUUCGAUAUAUUUUUUGAUGAUUUAACAAAGAAAAGCCACAAAGCUAAAAACCUCUUUAUUUCCAUCUUUUAAUAUAGAAUGGUUUUGUUAAUAAUCCAUGUAAAAAUAGAGUGAACAUGCUGUCAGAAAUAAAUUAUCAUUACAUUCGCAAUCAAACUCAGCAAUACCUCGGACAAGUUUGAGGCAUAAGCUUCAGCAAAUCAGACUUACAUAACUCGGAAGAACAUGAUUUGCUACUGUCAUAUGACCCAUGAUGUGGAUCGCUGCAGUCAUGAAGAAGAAAUUAUUUGAUAAGAGACCAUCACAAACAUUCCUUUGUAUCUUCAGGAGGAUGCCUCCACUCAAGAGGUAUUCUCAUACUUGGACAAUUUUCAGAAGCCAUCCUGAUAACCAGGCAGUACCCAAUUCUUUCGAAAGUUCUGUAAAAUUCAUUCGGAAACUAUAUUGCCGACACCUUCCUGGGAGACCAAAAUCAUUGUGAAAUACAUAACAUCCAGUCAUCUUUCAGUACCAGCUGCUAGUGAUGAGAAUAGUGAAAUAUUCUUUAUAAGAGACUGAGACUUUUCGCAUUUUUUGGUUGAUAUAUUAAUCCUCAAGACAUGUCAGGAUUAAAUUUGUCUGCUUUGUAUUACAAUUGAUAAUUCGUGAUAUUCAACAUCUUGAAUGUUAUAAUUAUCAUUAUUAUUGUAUUUUAUCUCUCAUUUUAUAUCACAAUUUGUGGGUUUAGUGGGUUCCUAACGAAACUACAUUUUAGAAUAUUAAAGAUUCCCAUUGUGAAAAUUAGAACAACAGAUGUAAGCGAACAAUUGUUUCCAAUUAGAUCGUCACCAGGCUUUACUCCAGUAUAUGUGAAUAAAGGAUAAGGGUUGAGCACGGGGUUAGCGAAUCCACCCUGUAGAAAAUUAACUCGCUAAAAAACGCUGACCAGAAAAAAUAAUUCAUUCAGAAGAGCUGUGACGCUUCUUGAUGAAGGCCGAGUUCCUUUGGAGGUCACGAGACUGAUGCCCCUUCUAACAACCAGAGCAACCAUUUGAUUAGGUACAUGGAAUUCUCGUACAAUGUGGGAGACCGGGAGGGUCUUCCAAAUUGCUGCAGGAAUGAAGAGAUGCAGCCUGCAGGUGAUUGGAAUG